AUGACAGAUAGCCAGUCUGGCCCCGGAAGUGUACAUUUUUCUCUUAAAUAUGACGCACAUCAAAAAAUUUGGUUCUUUUCUACUGACCGUUUCUCUGCUCUGAACUCGUCGCGUCUCAUCAGCCUCCGAAGCCGGACUCGAACCGAGGACCUGCAGUUGCAAAGGAAGCCAAUUCGUUCUUCGAACCUCGUUGAAUUGGACAACAAACGUGGUUUGCAAGACAAACCAGGCUGCGCUCAGUUCACAUCGUUUUGUGAGGAAUCUUGA